UAUGUCAUCAGAGGAAAAUGAGGACUCUUUAAAGUUAAGCAUAAAUGCUAAUAAUAAUAAGAUAAAUAUUGUAAGAUCUGUAUUAGAUGAUAAGUGUGACGUAAUAACGAAGUGCCUAACUAGUGAACCUCAUUGGAAUGAGAUUCCAUGUUGUUCAUACAAUAUAACUAGUGUAAGUGUUGAUAGUGAUGGUAUAGACAGUGCCGGGUUAGCUCCGGACCAAGAAUCUGACUUACCCACGGGAAACAGUGAUAGUAAAGUUUCCGAUUUUAUUGUGAUAGAUCUGACAUGUGAUGUUAAUGAUGCUUGUGAGUCGAUUAAUCGUGAACGAAAUGUUGGCGGUACAAAUACAAGCAACGUCGAUUGUGAUCCUUCUAGUAUACAUAGCUUAGAUACAAGCCAAAGUUUAGUUCCUGUUCUAAACAACGAAAUUGUGAAUACAGAAAAUCAGAAGUUGGUGAGUUUAUCUCUGUCGAUAUUACUUGCUGCUAUACUACAGGCGAUGCGUUGUUUCGCCCAGUUUCUAGAGGACAUUGUUAUUCCUCAACGAUAAUUAUCUACUUUAAUGAAUAUAUAAAAAAACCUGAGGUGCGCCUUCCCAUGAAAAGGUGACAUGUAAAACUGUCAUUAAAAAAUAGAAAGAAAAUAUUUAUUCCAUAUAAACAAAUGUAUCAAUUAUUAUACUUACAAAAUAUAUUUUUACAAAAUUUGUAAGAAUAUAUUGACAUAUUUCGCAAUAUAUUGUAGGUACCUACUGGCUGGUUAGAAAUGAGCGCAGUAUUUAGUUUCGUGCACUCUAUUUUCAGCACUAUUAUAGUUUC